UGGAGCUGAGAAUGAGUUCUCUUCGUGUCUCUGUGGCAGCUCUAUGCUGUGCAUACUUUGUGCUUGCAGGAAUAUCAGUUCCAUACGGUCAGUUAGAUCCUUCGUUUUACAAAGAGACAUGUCCAAAGGUGCAUGCGAUAGUACGAGAGGUUGUUCAUAAUGCUUUAAGAUCUGAUCCACGUAUUGGUGCCAGUCUCAUCAGGCUUCACUUCCAUGAUUGCUUCGUCCAAGGUUGUGAUGCAUCAAUAUUGUUAAACAAGACGAAUACGAUAGAAAGCGAACAAGACGCAAUUCCAAAUGUGGACUCAAUAAGAGGAUUGGAUGUUGUCAACAAUAUAAAAUCUGCAGUUGAAGCUGCUUGCCCUGCCGCCGUUUCUUGUGCUGAUAUUCUGGCCCUUGCUGCUGAAGUCUCUGUCAUUUUGUCUGAUGGAAAGGGGUGGAGAGUUCAACUGGGACGAAGGGACAGCACCACCGCUAAUAGGACGCUGGCAGAGGCAAACCUUCCUCCUCCGUCCUUCACUUUGGAUCAACUCAUAUCCACUUUCGCUGCUCAUGGCCUUGACGCCACUGACCUCGUUGCUCUCUCCGGUGCUCACACAUUCGGAAGAUCAAAAUGCAGCUUAUUUGUGGAUCGAUUAUACAAUUUCAGUGGCACAGGCCAACCCGACCCGAAUCUCAACACGACAUACCUUCAAGACCUGCGACUAAUAUGCCCUCAGAACGGGGACGGCACCGCCUUGACCAAUCUGGACCUGACCACACCUGAUGCGUUUGACAAGAACUAUUACACCAACCUUCAGGCUCACGAUGGCCUCCUUAACAGCGACCAAGUCUUAUUCUCCACUUCUGGUGCUGACACCGUCGCCAUUGUAAAUAGCUUCGCCAGCAACCAGUCCCUCUUCUUCGCUCAGUUCGCUGCUUCCAUGAUCAAGAUGGGUAAUAUCAGUCCCUUGACUGUCUCUCAAGGUGAAAUCCGAUCUCACUGUAACUUUGUUAACUCCGACUCUUCUCGAUUGGGUAUUCUCACUCUCACCAAAGAAUCUAAUGAUGAUGUUCUGGUCAGCUCAAUCUGAACAAGUUGACUAAUGGGCUGAUUUCUCAGUGUGGGCGUGUGCGUGCUACAUGCACCUGCGUACUGUGUUUUGUUUCCAUAGUAACUUUUUUAUUCUGCCACUGGUAAUAAUGAUGUCAUUUGUGUUUCUUAUAUCUGUGCAUGCUUUGUCUUUUUUCUUUUUGAAGACCAGCAACCUAUAUGUGGUUGAUUUGCUAAUGA